CAUGCAUAGCAGCCCACCUACUCAACAAACGUCAUCUCAGCAUUCUUGCUGCCCGCCCACACAUAACCUCACCAACCCGUCUAGUGGCAUUACGUUCUGCUGUUUGUUGCAUCGCUUCCAGUGCUGGAAAUAGCCUCGUUACCUGCUACGCCCCCAUAUACACCCCGCCGAGCACGAGCAAGCUUCCCUAGCAAACACGAUUACAGCCGACAGUCGACUGCAUAUCGCCUGGCCCUACUUGCGCUGAGAACCCCACUGGCUUCACUGCCCAUAUCAGAGCUUGUUUCCUCGAUACUCGUACUACACAGCACAAGAAGCCUUUACAAUGACUGGUGAAGCGUGGUUGUACCUGUUGGCGGUGUUGAUCAAUGCCGUCAACCUGUUCCUCCAAGUGUUCUUCACAAUUAUGUACAGCGAUUUGGAAUGUGACUACAUCAACCCCAUCGACCUAUGUAACCGCCUCAACACCUACAUCGUCCCCGAGGCCGCUGUCCACGCCGUUCUGACCUUCCUCUUCCUGAUCAACGGAUACUGGAUCGCGCUUAUCUUGAACCUGCCACUGCUGGCAUGGAACGGAAAGAAGAUCUUCGAGAACCAGCACCUUUUGGAUGCGACAGAGAUCUUCAGGAAGCUCAAUGUGCACAAGAAGGAAUCGUUCAUCAAGCUAGGCUUCCACCUGCUCAUGUUCUUCUUCUACCUAUACAGCAUGAUUGUCGCCCUCAUCCGCGACGAGUCUCACUAGAAGCGCACUACGCCCUUCUAAGACUCUGCCUGGUUGCAACGGUCAAAGGUGUUCCAAGAGGCCAGCAGGCAUGGCACUGGCUAUGAAAUGAACAUGAAUUGGCAAAGGAUACCCGGCUCAACUAUGGGAAAGCCACGCGCGUACACAUAAUGUUAUAGCAUUGGAACGGCACCCUAUGUUAGGGUUGGCAUGAGGAAAUGUGGAGGUCAGUGUUGGAGUCAGCUCACGGAGGGAAAGGGGUUUCGCAUUGGAUGAUCAC